GGCAGGGACUGGAGCUUUGGUUUGAGCUUGGAGAGGAGCUGGGGUCUGCUGUGCCUGCAGUCAUUCCACUCCCACACCCACCAGCAUUUGGCAACCACUUGGAAUUUGGGGUGCAAGAGGCAGCCUACCCUGUGAUGACCCAGCAGACGUGAGGCCCAGCAGCUGCAGGGAUGGAGCUGAAGGUCUGGGUGGAUGGGAUCCAGAGGGUCGUCUGUGGUGUCUCGGAGCAAACCACCUGCCAAGAAGUGGUCAUUGCCUUGGCACGAGCCAUCGGUCAGACAGGACGCUACGUGCUGGUGCAGAAGCUGAGGGAGAAGGAGAGGCAGCUGCUGCCUCUGGAGUGUCCCCUGGAGUCUCUGGCCAAGUGUGGGCAGUAUGCCAACGACGUCCAGUUUGUCCUGCGGCGGACGGGCCCCAGCGUGGCCGAGCGUCCCUCCUCGGAGGGUGCUCCCCAGGCCCCUGAGAGGACGUUCAUCAGGGCCAGCUUGCCCAUCAAGCCCAGGCUGGCUGGCGUGGAUGCACCCCGAUCCCGGGAGCCGAAAAAAUCCAUGACUUUCAACUUGGGUCCCAUGGGCUCCAGCGAGGUGUUUGCCACGAGCCGCUGGAGAGCCCAGGUGCCGGAAGGGCUGGGAGUGGGGGGCAGCGGGGCCCUGCAGCCCUCCAAGGAUGAGCUGUUCAGGAGGGUGCUGAGGCAGCAGGAGCAGCUGCUUUCCUUGGAGGCCCACAGGGACACUCUGGAGACAGACCUGGUGCUCUGGGAGCGUGGGCAGCUGGGCAGCCAGGAGGAUGAGAUCUUCUACCUGGAGCACCUGGUGCGGAGGAACGAGACGGAGCUGAGCGAGGAGGAGUUUUGGCAGAGCGAGCUCCGUCUGGAGAAGGAGUGUGAGCGAGAGCGGCAGGAGCGGGUGAGGAGCCUGCGGGCAAGCCUGGAGGAGUACACCCAGAGGAUCUACGAGCUGAGUGUGAGGACUGAAGCUCUGCAGGAGGAGAUCCAGUGGGAGAUGGCAAAGAGGGGGAAGGAAACCCCUGCGCCCAGCCCCACGGAGCUGGAGGACAUGGCUGCCAAGAUGAAAAGGGACCUGGAGGACAAGGUCAAGCAAAGCACCCAGCUGGAGAGCAACCUGGCCAGUGUGGAGAAGGCCCUGGUUGAAGCUGAAAGGAACCUGCAGGCCCAGACCCAAGAGCUGGAGGAGUUAAAUAAGGAGCUGAGGCAGUGUAAUUUGCAGCAGUUUAUUCAGCAGACGGGGGCCACGGUGACCGUCCUGCAGGCCAGGUCGGAGGAGGAUGCCCCGCCGGAGCCGAGCCCAUGCGAGCUGCCAGCCUGCCGGAGAAGCGGAGGUUAUGCUCCCAGCAGUGGUACCGAGUCACCUCCCCGGGCCAGCACCAGGCAGCUCCUCAGCCAUUCCAGAACCCUGCUAGAGCCCCUGGUGUCCAGCCUCAACCCUGAGGUCCUAUCACCCAGGCAGAGCAUCUGGAGGUAGAAGGGCCCAGACGGUGGAGGUUCGAUUGCCUUGCAAGUGUAACUCUAUAAAUAAACUGUAUGCUAUAUAUAUAUAUACACACACACACACAUAUUUUUUACUGCUUUAUAUUGUGAAUGGAUGUGGACAGCCAGAGAGAGAUUUUUUACAGACUGCAAAAUAAAACCAGAGACAGAUGCCACAAAGCAACCCUCUUCUCCUGCGGAUGGAAGUAACCCUCCUAUUUUUUUUUUUUUUUUUUAAAGUGCUUUCUAUAUGCAACAGAAAACAGUGGUGCUCCUGUUCUGUGUAGCCUCCUCAAAAGACUCACAGUGCAUUUGGAAAAAUCCUUUGACUGCAGGAGUGAAGCUGUGGCAGAGACCUGCCUGGAGCCUCGCCUGGCUGGAGCAAGGGUUUUAAAGUAUCCCUGCAGCAAGCCAUGACAAACAGCCCCUUCUCUGGCUGCAGGGGAGGCACAAGAGCAGCUUUAAGACAAACUUCUGUGCACUCCUCCCCCCCCUUUCCCCCUUUUUCUUUUUUUUUUUUUAUUAUAAGAACCCUCUGGUUUUAUUCUAAGAACCCCCCUUUCUGUGGUGCCACUGACCAGGCAUCAGGGGAGCAGGGAACACACAGCAGGAGAUUGUUUCUCUUAAAUCCACUUAAUUUUUAGCUUGUUCUGAAAAUUGAAAAAUGGCAGAACGAGCCCUUCCCUGGUGGUGGUGCAAGUGGGGAGCCAGACUGAAAUACUCUUGGUGACAUUUCACUUUUUUUUUACUUGAUGGCCAGUAGUUGGGUUUUGUUCUUCUGUCCCAGUGGGUGCCCUUGUAUUUUAAUCACAAAACCAAAGCAGUUCGGGGGAGGGAUGAGUUUGUCCAGGAGGUCCUUGAGCCUGUUUUCAACAUGUUGUAUGCAAAAAAAAAAAAAAAAAAAAGAGGAAUGCAGUCCUGUGUGCUGCUGUUUUAAUUUCCAAUAAAUCUUUGGGAAAGGAUUUGAGCAAA